AUGGGUUUUGGUAUUCCGAGGUAUGUGAUGAAGUUGAAAGGGGUAAUAAUCAAAUGGUCGAUACUGGCAGGUAUCUUCUUCUUCUUCAUGGCGUGGUUUGUUGGCGGAUACAUUCACGCAAAGCGUCGGAUGCGAAAGGGGAAGCCGCUGAUGGGAUACCACCGCUGGCUUGUCCCUUACAGCGAGCGAAAGCGAUUCGGCCAGACGCCGCAGAACCACUUCACAUUCUACGCACCGCAGCAACCGUACGGACAACGACCGGAUGGAACAUACCCCGAGCCGCCACCCAUGUAUAAUAAUAACGACGCUCCACCAGGCUAUAUGCCUCCACCCGGCGCGACGAAGACGCAUCCGGCCCAAAACUACGAGAUGAUGCCCGAAUACGCCCCGCAACAGUAUGGCAGCACAGGAGCAUAUCCAAUGGGAGGACAGCAGAAUGGUGUCGUGAGACCGCAUGGAGACGUCGAGCAGCAGCAUCAGAGUCCAGAGCUACCGCCCAGACCGCAGCAGGCGAAGCUCGCCGUUACAAACUUCAUAUCGAGAUUCCGACGAUAG